UUCUUAAUGUGCACUACCAUCUGUAUCUGGAAAAUUCUUUGCUGCAUGUUUUAUUUUGUAAACACUUAAAUUAAGCCUCCUGUCUAUUUACCCAGUAGCCAUAACUGUAGAUUGUCGGACAUUCUUUUCAUUGGGAUGUCGCGGUUUUGCUUCUUGUUAUGUUUUGUCCUUUUGCUUUUGGUGGCAGACGACAUCGAAAGCAGACGUCAUCGACGUCACCGUAGCAGAUUCGGACGCAGGCUCAGUGAUGGACUCCGGGGUCUGAGAAGUCAAAUACGUCGCUGGAACCAUAGAUGGCGUUUACCUUGGGCUGACAUCAAUUUUGCCUUUAACUAUGGAAGUGGAGGAUCCAGAGAUUGGUGGGACGGUCCAAAUGUUUGUACGGAAGAAGAGCGCAAAAAUGAAACCACGUCAGAUGAUAUCAGCAGUCAUCAUAUGGCGACAACGGUCAUGUGUGAUGACAAGAAGACGUCCUAUAUAUGUACUAAAUCAAUGACGAUCAAUGGGAAGAAGACAACACUUAGAGAGGUCAAAGAAUGUUGCCAUGGUUACAGCAGGAUUUCAGGACAAUACGGGUGUCCAACUUAUCGUCAGUUACACGAUAUCGUAAAGACAGCAGAGUCUAUGAACUUGACAGAAUUCCUUAGAGUCGCUAGGAGUGUUGGUUUGGAGAGUAAACUAUAUGAGAGCUCUGGAGCGAAUUUCACUGUGUUUGCUCCAACCAACGACGCUUUAAAACAAACCCCGACUUUGUCUCCAACCUACGAAAACGUCAUACUUAGUGAUAUGAACUCUGUCAUAAGAAUCUCACCACCUGUAAGCACCCUGCUCGUCAGUGAUGCUUCGGAUCUUGUGUUGGGACACGUAACAGGAGGUAUUCUGACCACCACAAGACUUGAGGACGAGCAGACGAUAACCUCCGCAAAUUCCAAAUCUUCCACAAUUAGAGUCAAUUUCUAUGACAUGGUAAACGAUGGUAUCAUGACUGCCAAUUGUAAACGGGUCACAUCACGUGACAAUCUAGCAACCAAUGGUGUCAUCCAUGUUGUUGAGGAUGUUCUGCAGCCAGUAACUAAAUCACUGAUGGACAUCGUAAGCAGCAACCCUCAGCUCAGCUACUUAAAGAAAGCUAUUGGUCGCAGUGGUCUUGGUGUCAAUCUUAGAGGUGAUGGACAGUUUACCCUCUUUGCACCAACAGAUAAUGCUUUCCAGAAACUGGAUGGAGGACUUUUACAAAGAAUUCUAAGCGACCAACGUUGCUUAAAAAAAAUUUUAUUCCACCAUCUUCUUCCAAAUGUUAUUUGCUCCUCGGCUGUGUCGGAUAAGCACAAGUCUAGAACGAAAAAUCAGUUGUCUAAUUAUCUCCGUUUGUCACGUGAUCAGAAUAACAAGUACUUCGUGGAAAACGCUCAGAUUGUCGACCGUGACGUCAUGGCUACCAAUGGCGUGCUUCACCUGAUUGAUGAUGUUAUUCUUCCAGAUGAAGCUUUAGGGGUACUUCAUGCUCUACAGAAAAGAAACAUUACUAGACUUCCGGAAUUGGUUGUCGAAGCAGGUCUCAAGAAAUCUUUUGAAACGGCUGACAAUAUUACCGUACUAGUGCCAACAGACGAGGCGUUCUCAAAAAUGACGGAGUUUGCUGCGAAAAGACUGAAUGAGUCAGAGACAGCACUGGCUGAUGCACUCCGUUAUCACGUGAUACCCACUACGUCUACGUGUCGCGCUUAUGAUGGGUACCAGUUUCCCACGUGGAACCCAAGAAGGAACCUUACUGUCCACAGAGAUUUCUUGUUUCCAUUCCAUGGGUACAAUAGAGAGACUAUACAGUGUGCUACUAUUUUGAAAUCCAACAUCCAAAGCUGCAACGCCGUUAUUCAUCUCAUAGACAAGGUUUUGGUCCCACCAGUCGGUACCGUUGUUGAUGUGCUUGAAGUGGACAGUCGGUUCACAGAAUUCGUUCGCUUGUUGAAAAACUCCGGUCUAGCUGACCAGUUACAGGGAAAAGGGCCAUACACAGUGUUGGCACCAACAAACGAGGCAUUGAAAGAAGUUUCAGAGAACGAUUUGAAGGAACUGGAAAGUCGUAAAGAAAACUUGCAAAGUUUAAUCAAAGACCAUAUCAUUAAGGGACACCGUUGUUGCUCCCAAAUUCAACGGUACAGUGACAGAUUUAGUAUAUUCACCAGAAACUUGAGGUCAGUGUCAGGAAUGACCAUCGCUGUUGAGAAGUCCAGAGAUCAACUCACCGUGGGCUCCGCAAGCGUUGUCGAAUGUGACAUGGUCGGGACAAAUGGAGUUGUCCACGCUAUCAACCAAGUCUUACAAGAAGAAGACUAUUACGAUCCCUUCGACUUCUGGUAACGCGUUUUCUGUUGAGAAGCACCACUGGCGAGCAUUUUUUUUCACGAGUGUUUUACAUCCAUAGAAGCGAACGAUUUAAAAAAAAAACAUUUCAAUAAAAAUAAAAAAUCUGCAUUAAAUAUGUGAAGCAAAAAAAAAAUCUGUGAUUUUUUCGUUUCAUGGCAUACAUUUUGAUAGGAAAACCUUUUUCUUUACGUGUGUGUGUGCUUUUGUUAGAUUUUAUGUAACUUUUUAUUGAAUGUCCUUGAUAACAUUGACGAUGGAUAUGCAAAUAAAACAUAUUAUUUUCUCUGUAAA